AUGGUUUGGUUCUGUUUCGCUGCGUCUGGACCGGGACAGCCUGCAGUCACUGAUGGAGCUUUGAGUUCUGAGUUGUACCAGCAAAUUCUACAGGAACAUGUCGAGUGUUCCACAUCAUCAUCAUCAUCUGACCGUGACAACCACACGAUGGGGAACGGACCAAGUGAGCAGGAACAAAUUGACAAGUCUGUGCGUGAACUGGGCGAUGGUCCAGAUGUGAGAGUCAAUCAGAACAUCGUGAAGUUCUGCAGUCUGCAUUCUUCAGACAUGCUGAAACAACACUAUGAGAGGAGGAUGGAGGCGGGUGACUGCGCUGCAGACUGGAUCAAGGACCUGGUGGAGAAGCUGGGAGCAUUCACAUCCGCUCCUGAGCUGGCCGGCCUCGGAGCGCUCGCCAUCGCCGUCUUCAUCGACAUCGUGUCGUUCAGUCCACCAGAGGACAGCGUGAAGGAUGCUCUGCGCUGUGUGUUUGCUGAGGAGAAAGCCUCCGAGGUCUGGGAUCUGAUCGAUGAGUGUCUGAAGAGAAUCAGGAUGAACAUCGACAACCGCCAUGAGCUGAGGAGCGACCUGGAGCGGAUCGAGCACAAGCUGAGCGAGGCGCUCACCAAGCUGAAGAACUCCAUGUUGAGGGACGGCCACAUGACGACUGAUGCUCUGAAGGCCUGGGUGAACGGAGCGGCCUUCCACAUCCACAUGCUGGUUCACCUGGUGAGACUGGGAGGAAAAACCUGCGACCAGGUAAAGAGUCUCCUCUCUGAUUACCAGAGCGAGCUGGACCAGCUGUUCACUGAACACGAGGAGAUGAUUAAGAAGAAGUGCAGCAUGGCAAGAAUAGUGGAUACAGGCAUUCCUUUCAGAAAUACAGUUCUGAUGGAUGAACAUUCACAAGGGCACACUCUUGAAUUUGUCUGCAACCCUGACGAUUUUUUAAAGCCAUAUUAUGAUCACAGGUACGGGCGGCAGAAGCGUGAGAUUCAGCAGCACUUCAGUGAUGUGAGAAGGAAUCUGCAGAGUCUGAGAGGGGAGGGCGGGAAACUGUGUCACUGGGGCACGAGGCUCUCCCCGCGGUCACAUGGUCCCGUUUUCUGCCGCGUGCGGGCACAGCAGCCCGCGGCAGCCCCCCGCGCGCAUCACGUCAUCAUCCGGCAGGGGUGUCUGCGCACGCUCGCGAGAAAGAAGCGCGUUCCCGUUACAGCAGACACUCAGUGGAAGUCAUUCAGGAUGACAACAACUGCCAUGGAAGCAAACAACAAUAACAACAACAACAACAACAACACAACAGGAGGUGUGAUCUCCUACGUUGGUUCCUCUGGAGGUUCUCCCACCAGUCCGCUCUCCAUGUACAGCGACAACUCCAACUCCCAGCCCUGCUUCACCUCCUCCUCCUCCUCCUCCUCCUCCUCCUCCUCCUCCUUCCUCAGCAGCGGAGCCUCCAGUUCAGGCUCUGCAGGAGAAGACGGCUCCUCCUCCUCUUCCUCCUCCUCCUCCUCCUCCUCUUCCUCGGAUGGAAGUUCACCUUGGAGCCGAGACUAUGGCAGCUCUCUGAGAGUGUCUGUGGCCAGUCUGACCAAGCUGAACGGCAUCGUGCUGCUGUGUAAAGUUUGUGGAGACGUGGCUUCAGGUUUCCAUUACGGUGUUCACGCCUGCGAGGGCUGCAAGGGCUUCUUCCGUCGCAGCAUCCAGCAGAACAUCCAGUAUAAGAAGUGUGUGAAGAACGAAAGCUGCAACAUCGUCCGGAUCAACCGGAACCGCUGCCAGCACUGUCGCUUUAAGAAGUGCCUGUCUGUGGGCAUGAGCCGGGACGCUGUUCGUUUCGGCCGGAUCCCUAAGCGUGAGAAGCAGCGUCUCCUCGCUGAGAUGCAGAGCGCCAUGAGCAACAUGAUGAACAACCAGCUGCAGAACGACUUCCAGCCCGCCAGCCUCUCCUCUUCCUCUUCCUCCUCCUCUUCCUCUUCCUCCUCCACUUCCUCUUCAACUUCCUCCUCUUCCUCUUCCUCUUCCUCCUCCCCGUCCCCAGCAGUGACCAUCACCCCUCAGCCUUCGGCCCUGCUUCCCUCUCCUCCUGCUCCCUCCUCCUCCUCCUCCUCACCGCCUCCUCCUCCUCUUCCUCCUCCCCCCUGUCAGAGCCCCUCCUCCUCCUCCUCGCCCCCCCCUGGCGCUGGCGUGGACUCCACCAUCGGCGCCAUCACCCGCGCGUACCGCGAGACCUUCCUGUACGCUCACGACAAACUGACCAAUCCCCACGCUCCGCCUCAGCAGCAGCAUCAUAACAACCACGCCCCCAACAGUGGGGGGGGGGAGGGGGAGCAGUGGGGGCCCAACCGAUGCCCCAACGGUUUCCAUGCCAACGGCCUCAACACCAUCUUCCGCCAUAACAACAACCUGGGGACCGGGCACUGCCUGCCGCCGGACAACAGCCAAAACAUCACGCCACAUCACCACGGUUACAGGAGGCGGGGCUUCCAUAACAGUAAUCUGAUUGGAGGAGACGGUCUCAGUGAUCAUGUGACUCAGGGGCAGAACUGUCCAAUGAAGAACCGGCCAGACAUCAUGCUGGCUUGUCCAAUGAACAUGCAGCCUCACGCCAGCCCCUCCAAGCAUCCUCAGCAGAUCUGGGAGGACUUCUCUCUGUCCUUCACCCCCGCCGUCAGGGAGGUCGUGGAGUUCGCCAAACACAUCCCAGGGUUCGGCUCUCUGACCCAGAACGACCGGGUCACGCUGCUGAAGGCCGGAACCUUCGAGGUGCUGAUGGUGCGUUUCUCCUCGCUGUUCAACGUGAAGGAGCAGACGGUGACGUUCCUCUCCGGCGCCACCUACAGGCUGGAGGAGCUGCGGGCGAUGGGGAUGAGCGGCAUCCUCGCCGCCAUGUUCGACUUCAGCCACAAGCUGGCGGCGCUGCAGCUGAGCCCAGAGGAGCUGGGUCUGUUCACCGCCGUGGUGCUGGUGUCUGCAGACCGUUUUGGGAUAGAGAGCGUGCCGUUGGUGGAGCAGCUCCAGGAGAACCUGAUCCGGGCGCUGCGCUCGCUGGUCAACCAGUCCACCGUCGCCCCCGGCAACCGCCAUCCCAACAUGGACUCGCAGCGCUUCACCAAGCUGCUGCUGAAGCUGCCGGACCUGCGAACGCUCAACAACCUGCACUCUGAGAAGCUGCUGUCCUUCCGCAUCGACGCCUGA